CGAGGGAGCAAGACGCGGAGGACAAUUACGAUCAGGCGGUCCGUCUGCCCUUCUUGUCAUUCACCUCAGUCAUCGGAAAUCGCGGGGCUGACCAGUGCAGGGAGAGCUGGAUGAUGGCACAGAUUCCGAUUAUUUUGAGGAAUUCGCGAGCGACACCACCUCGAUCAACUCGAUGAUCACCGCUUAUCGCUAUGAAAAUGGGAGACGAUACCAUGCUUACAAGGACGGUGCUUACUGGGGCCCGAACGACGAGACCCAGAAUGAACAACUCGACAUAGCCCAUCAUAUGUUCACAAUGCUUCUCGGAAACAAAUUGUGUCUUGCCCCUAUCUCUGAUGAUAUCCACAGAGUGCUCGACGUUGGUACUGGAACGGGAAUAUGGGCUAUUGACUUCGCAGAUGAAUACCCUUCCGCAGAGAUCAUUGGAACUGACCUAUCACCGACUCAACCCAGCUUUGUCCCACCAAACCUUCGGUUUGAGAUCGACGACGCAGAAGAUUCAUGGGCAUAUCCGGAGAACCAUUUCGAUCUUAUCCACGUGCGUGCACUCUACGGGGCGAUUUCCAACUGGCCAGCGUUCUAUCGCAACAUGUUGAUCGGUCUACGGCCCGGUGCAUGGUUCGACCAACUGGAGAUGUCAAUCCAGUUCAGAUCGGAUGACGGCACGGUGACCCCCGACCAUAUCCUAGCAGAGUGGUCACGUAUAUUCAUCGAGGCAGGAGAGAGAUUCGGCAAAACGUUUCGUAUCGCCGACUUAGCCCGGCAGCACAUGAUUGAUGCCGGUUUUGAGAAUGUCACCGAGCGGCGAUUCAAGCUUCCUGUUGGUCCUUGGAGCAAGGACGAGCACUAUCGACAGCUGGGACGGUGGAAUCUGCUGCAUUGCGAGCAGGGUAUAGAAGGGUGGUCCAUGGCACUGCUCACCCGUGUAAUGGGGUGGAGCUACGAGGAGGUGCAAGUAUUCUUGGCCAAGAUGAGGAAAGGCUUGCGUGACUAUGCAAAGAUCCAUGCCUAUUUUUACGUCGUGAGCGUCCACGGUCAGAAGCCGCUCAAAGGACACGUACCUUGAUGUCGCCAAAUACGAUCUUCACGAGUGCCAAUACGCAGGAUAAUGAGAUAGGGGAUAGAGAGUAACCUAGGGUGGCGAUGAUUGCGUUAUUUAGACGUUAUACUUAUGUGGGUGGUCUUUCGAUUUAAUAGCUGAUUUCUAGCAGACCUAUUUUCAGCAUACGACUGGGGAG